AUGAAGGGUCAGCCAAUCGAUCAGAUAGUCUAUGACUGCAUGUUUCCGAAACCCAAGACAACGGAUCCGCAGAACUUCCAAGGGCUUCUCCAGAGGCAGCUUGUACCAGAAGUGCGCCUGGAGACACAAGCCUUUUACGGCCAUCUCUCCUCCCAAGAAGCCAAAUAUCCUGGACUCGACUACGCCUACGGUCCACAUCGUAUCCGCCUUUCUCGAUACCAAUGGCACCGCAGAUUGUUUCGCGCAUUUGAUAUACUUGGGCUUACAGAUUCCGAGAUCGCGAAUCUGACAAAGUGGGAGGGAACUCGCUGGGCAAAAGAGCGAUUCGAGCGUGAACAAGGUAUCGUGAUACGAGAUACAACGGGAGAUGGCAUCGAGGACUGGGUGGAACCUCAAUAUCGUCUGCCAAGCGUACCUCAAGCACAUUGCGCAGACGUGGAGGAUAUGGAUGCCCUACAAGAAGACGGUGGAAGCGAGAACGAGAUGGAGGAGGACGACCCUGAGGACUCUGAGGCCGAAUUAGAGAGUGUUGGCGUUGAACUAAACAGAAGACUGAGGGACGCAGUCGCGCAGAGGGAAGCUGGCAACACAGGCACGGUAAUGGAUGCCGAGUGGGAGCAAUGGCUGAAAGAAGCUGCAGAGGCUGGAGGUCUUCCAUUUUCAGAUGUCAAUCUUUCACCAAAUGCAAAUGUUCCUGGGACGAGACCUGCUUCAGCGGAGCGCUUGUCUCAUGAUCCGCGGCUGUUGAAUGCAGCAAGACUCGGUCAAUGGCAACAGAUUCCAGAUUUCCUUCACAACGUUGUUCGACAGAAUAUUGAAGCCCACAAUCGUCGUCUCGAGGAUGCUGCAAUUACUCUCACUACAACAUCUGGUCCUAGCUCCUCCAAUUCCACAAACACGGAAGCAUCCAGACCAUCUUCAAAUAACAUCUCGCGCUCGAGAGUCGUCGAUAGACCAUCUGUUGGAAGACUUAGCAUGCACUUUUCUCGACGGCCAAUUUCAAAUUUAAAUCCCUCAGGGCUUGGUUCCGCCUCGAGGAGACCUAGCGUCCGAAUGGAGACAUCCAGAAAUGGCCCUCAAAGUGGAACAAACUAG